CUCAGAACAACUGAGCAUUACAUGGAGGAGUUGUGUUAGCCGACUUGUUGCUUCAUGAGUAAUUUUGUCAGUAAAUGUUUUUUUCUGUUUCUCUUUGCAGGUGGUUUUCGGACAAGAAAAAAUGAAUAAGGUGGUUUUGGUGACAGGAGCGAAUAGGUAAAGACGGUAUUGUGUGACAUUUGUAUGUAUUGUUUUUACUGUAAACCUCAAGUCUUUUGACUAAAGCAUAAUGUAUUAGUGGUGCAAAAUACCUUUUAUUUACAUAUUUUAAGCCAGGCUUGAGUUUCUUAUUGAUCAUUUGUUGCUUUUAUUUGAGAAUUGGACGUCGUUUGAUUCAUUUUUUUAUUUUACAUGCCAGAGAACACUGGUUCUAAUGAAGUUGAAUGAUUCUGUCAUAUAGCUUCAUAUAUGUAGAAAAACGGCUGUUUUUUUUAAUUGAUUAUGUGUUUAAAACAUCGCAAACAAUGUUUCUGCAAUGUCUGCAGUAGGUGUAUCAGAAUCAGCCUUGAUUGCCAGGUCAAAUACAGGGAAUAUGGCUCAAAAUUGUCUUUAGUUUUACUGAAUAGGAAGGUAGACAGAGGUAGACAUAGAGCCAAAAACAAAAUAUCCAUUUCCUAUUUAACCUGCAUGAGCAACUAGUUGGUCAUAGAAAUUGCGCAAGGGGUUCAAAGUGCAAAAGGUGCAGAAUGAUGUGUAGUGAACACAUAAAAAAGUCACUUUGCACAUGGAGCAAGGAAAUAUGUACAACAGCAUGCACAGAUGCAUGUCUCUUUACAAUCAAGUCAGAUACUUGGAUUAUGAUUGACAAUGAGGAUGACACUUUGUGAAGAAAUUAAUCUAUUGGAAGUAAAAGAGAUGUGCUUUUUCUUUUGAGGGUCCAGUUUAUGUUUUAUCGAGGAGCAUUAAUCUAACUUUUUCACUGACAGUAUCUUGUCUGUGUUUCCCUGUAGUGGUAUCGGCCUUGCACUGUGUGAACGUCUCCUCACCCAGGACACAGAGGGUGUUCAGCUGUGUCUGGCUUGCAGGAACAUGCAGCGGGCUCAGGCCGCUCGCUCUGCACUCUUGGCCUCUCAUCCCACAGCUCAGGUUGCUCUACUGCAGAUGGAUACCAGCAGCAUCACAUCAGUUUUCAAAGCUGCUCAGGAAAUCAAACUAAGGUAGGAGGACACACCAACAGAAGCAUGCCACUCAAAUGUUCAAAUGGUAAUCAAUAAGCUAGUCAAUGAUAGGACAUUUUGAUUCAUGCACAGUACACAACUUUAAACAUAAGACUUUGGUUGUGUUUUGUAGGUACAACCGGCUGGACUACCUCUACCUGAAUGCAGGCAUCAUGCCAAACCCACAGUUUGAUGUAACAGCCUUUUUCAAAGGCCUCUUCUCCAGGUAUUAAUGUAACCUGCCCACAGUAGGCUAUGUAGCAGCUUCAAAUGCCUGGGAGCUGUGGAGCUGUGUAUUAGAAAACAACUACCCCCAAAGUAACUCCAGACUUACCUAGAAGUGUAUGGCUUUUUAUGCUCUAGACUGUCGAAGUUGUUCUAUAUCUCUUAUUCAACUGGAGCACAUCUGAGUAGCCUAUUUUUUAGGACUCAGAUUGCUUUAACAUCUUUAUUGUUACAGAAAAAUCAUCACAAUGUUUGCCACUGGUGAGGGGAUUCUUACACAAACGGACCGCAUCACCCCUGAUGGCCGACAAGAAGUUUUUGCAACCAAUCUCUUUGGUCACUUUCUUCUAGUGAGUGACAUUUUUCUCCCCAAGAUACUGAAUUUUCUUACUUUCUCUCUAUGGUUCAUCAGUUUUUUGCUGGGAGUGUAUUUGUUGCCCGCUGUUUGCCCUUGAUGGAAUAAAUAGUGAUACCAGAUCUGUCUGUCACCUAGCAACGAUCCUCAUUAAAAAUGAAUGUUAUGAAGCGUUGAGCCCUAAGGUCACUGCAGGCAGCAUUGUGCUUACUCUGUCUGAUACAGUCCGACUUGUAUGAGUUGCCUUUACAGAAGACCUUUAGAAAGCUCCUGGACAAAAGAAUCAUGUCAUUGAACCAAGUCUUAAGAAUAUAUUGGACUUUCUCGAAUUUAAUAUUCUUUCUACUCAUGUUUACUUUCUGGUUCAUGGGUAACUUCAAUAGGAUUUUGUAUUUGUGUGAUUCAGAUCUAAAACUGAAAAUACACCUAAGCUACAUCACAAAAUGCCUUUCUAAAAUGACGAUUUCCAUCUUAUAUUCUGACUAAGAUCAGGGAGCUGGAACCCAUCCUGUGCCACGCAGGCCGUACCUCCCAGCUCAUUUGGACCUCCUCUAGUAAUGCUCACCGCUCAGCUUUUAACUUGGAAGAUAUUCAGCACCAGAAAGGCACCCAACCUUACAGCUCUUCUAAAUAUGCCUCUGACCUGCUCAGCCUGGCGCUGAACACGCACUACAACAAACAGGUUGGCUGUCACCCUCUCUGUAUCACCCAUGCAGACAUGGGGAACUCUCUUUAAAUGUACUUUUGAUUGUGCUGAUUGUGCUGAUUGUGCCAGGGUUUGUACUCAUCGGUCAUUUGUCCAGGAUUUGUGAUGACAAAUUUGACAUACAGGAUCCUGCCGUCCUUCCCAGCCUUCCUUUGGACCCUGCUCAUGCCUAUUUUUUGGCUUGUAAGUGCAGGUCUUACAACAUUAAAUACAAAUGCCUGUCAUUUAAUCUAGUCUUUCUGUUGCAAUUGAUAAAAGAUCAUAAAACUGACUUGAUUUUGACUCUAAGCACUUUGCUUUUCCGUGUUUUCAGAUCAGGGUGUUCACCAAUAUGUUCACCUUGACUCCUUAUAAUGGAGCUGAAGCCCUGGUGGGUAAUUUAAAUUUACUUUGUUUAUAAAAAUUUUGAUUAGACUAAUUUGUGAAUUCCUGUCUUUCAUGCAGUUCUGGCUAUUUCAGCAAAAACCUGAAUCCCUUGACCCUUAUGCCAAGUACCACAGCUUAACAUCUGCGCUCAGCAAUAAUUACACACAACCACAAAAGGUAUGGCAACAAAAACAAUAACUUUCUAACAAACUAUGCUUGAAUAGUCUUGCAAAAUAGCCUGUGCUUUAGGAGCUGGAUCUGUUGUUUUGCUUUGCAGAUGGAUAUUGAUUUGGAAACAUCUGAGGCACUGUACGAGAAAUUACUGCAACUGGAAAGUGAAGAGAGACGGAAAGUAAAGGAAAAACAAAAACCAUCCCAGCAUUUUCACAGUAAUCGUGCAGGACCUUUAUCAUCCUGAUGUGUAAUACACAAAAUCACACAACUGUGCAAAGAGAUUGCUGGGCUCCUCAUUGAUGUCACCAGGAGUAGCAUGAGCAGUGGCAAAAAUAACAGCUGUGGCGUGCUGCAGCAUGCUACAGCAGAAGACAAAAGCAAUACUGUUCCAUGAUCUCUUCUCUGUCAUUAUUUAGAGUACAACAAAUAACUCAUCAGAACUGAUUUACAAUAAAUGUACAUCCUGUUUGUUUCCGUUUUUUUGUCCAGCUUUUUCUGUCCAUUUACUCUCCAAAGGCAUUGUAUGUAAAGAACUACUUAGUUUGCAAAUUUGUAAGCGUUAACAUUUAAUGGUAGCGAGGUCACCUAUACCAUCCAAGAGGGGCUGUAUCCAAUUUGGUUGUGAACUCCAUGAUCUUCGCGGCAAAUCGCAGGAAAGUCUAAGAGAAGACUGUCAGUAUCGUCCCACGUUUUUACAGACGUCGAGUGUGUGAGUCCACCCGCGGCGCUCGGUGGUGCCGGUCGAUGCGUACAGGCGCACCUGCGGUUGUAUUCCGGAGGACUUGAGGCGCAGAUCCAGUCGUCCCCGUGUUCCUGAGCGCGUUUCUCGGUCUCACACUCUUCUUCUUCUUCUCCGCUCAAUUUCGGGUUGCAGAAAGCCCAAACCAUCCCACAGAAAUAGACGAAAAACGUGCCCAUGACCAACACCAUAAGCGCGUAGGACUCUAUCAUAGCUUUUGUGACAGGAGAUGUCAUCUUCAGAGGAGCGCUGGUGUCAAGAGUGUGAGUGAGUGAGUGUACUGUAAGCGGGACUGUCAUCAUCCAGUGGGCUGGACAACUUCAGCGGGGCUUACUGUAUAUCAGUCAAAUAAGUUCAGUGAAUAAAAUAAGUAGGCUAAUAGCACCAACCCUAAUGUGUCUGGCAGAAUUUAUUUCCAUGACAUCCAGCAAAUAGAUGAGGUGCUGCCUAAAGAUAGUGGGCAACACAAUUUGCAGCAGAGAACAAUUAUAUUUAGAUAUAUUUUUAGACAUCAUAUAGCUUUAUGUUGCACUGUUAUUGUUGCAUUCAGUGUACACAUUGAAAACAACAUUUGAUCGCUGUGUUGUCUUUUUAAAAGUAUUUUGUAAAUAUUGUUUGAUUUUUAGAGAGUCCUGUCAAACACUUUUUGUAGUUUCACCUGCUCAGUUACUAAAUUUAAAAUUUUAACGGAAAUUACUCAUAAAUCACAUGAAAUUUUUUAUAAUCCUGUUCUUUGGCAUUGCAGGUUCAUAUUAAUGGUGUGCAGCAACUCUACCACUGUCUUGCUUUGGAAAUCAAAUAAAUGCAAUGACACGUCACGAUCUUGACUUUUAGGUGUGUAAUUUUUAUAGAUGCUGCAUUACUUCUGACUUAGAGGGAGUUGAAAGCUUUCAAUUGUUUAUUCUAGUCUGUGGCCAUCCAUGGUCCAUCAAGGUGUUGUGAAGUGGGUGAUCCAUGUUCUUUGGAAUAGUCUCCACCUUCCUCAGUGUAAAUCUCUCCACCACAUCCUCCACUGAGUCCAGCUUCAGUCCUACCACAGAGCCAGCCUUUUUCACCAGUUUGUUAAGACGUCUUAAAAGAGUGGUUUUGACCCUAACCUCACUAUGACUGAUGUUUUGAAAAGCACUAUGGUAUAAUCCAAAUAUUUCUUUGAUUAUAUUUUGAUCAUAUUAUAAUUUUAUAAAAAUAUUCCUUUGCAAAAACAAUGAAAACUUGUUUUGGCACGAUCUGAUAAACUUAUGCAUUAUGUAUUAUUUGUUGAUAAGAUAGCAUGUUGUAUUUUAAUAGAUCUGCAUAUUGAAACUUUAAAUUCAACAUUAAUUUAUGAACUAUUGUCAUGUUACUGCUGAAAAAGGUUUUCCAUCUUUAUUUUGUCUUUGAUCUUUUUGACAGCUGUUCUCACAUUCAUACUUCCCCCUAGAAAAUCAAACAAAGACCAUAUUAAAAAUACACGAUGGUUUCUUUACUCCACUGUUUGCAUUUUUUUUGCAACAGCUGCAGGGUUUCAGUUCCCUAAUAAGGUCAAGCACCCACACCAACAGCUCCCAAAAUACUAUAAAUGAAACUGUCAGUGGUGAAAGUGUUUGCCUGUUAGAUUUGUUAGACCAAGGUUUAAGCAGUAAAUGAAAAACUGCCAUUAAUAAGCCUUUACCACACAAGUUGUGUUUUUUCUGUUCGUUUGUCAAAUGAAAUACCAAUAAAUAAAUAAAAUAAAUAAAUAAAAAUUGACAUAUCCAUGCUGAAGCUCCCCUGAGUAGAGAGCAAGUUAAUUCAACAUGGAGAUCAUUCAGAGCUACAAUCCACCAAGUUAAAGCUUCUUGUAGUACAUGUUUGUGUGGGUCAUUUGCCAGCAUCUUCCACUUGUAGAUAGUAAGAUGCAGAAUGCAACAAAGGUAACCAUAUCAAUGAAGCUGGAGACACUGGCUCCAGACCACCAAAAUUGGUAGGCCUAUAGCCAGACUUGAAGCUGGGAUUGAUGCUGUCAGACUCAUGAGGAUCUUACAUAACCUUUGUCCAAGGUCUUGAAGGUAAAACCAAAUCAAAAACAUGCACAGAGUUUGGGUCCCUCUGCAACAAAACUGCAGCUUGUGAUAUGAGCUUCUGCACAGGAUGAACGAAAGGAUUGUUGUGGUUGACAUAUUUCAGACCAGUGAGCCUUUCAUAGAUGAUCACAACCCCGUAGUGAAAUCCAUAUUUCCUCUGAGUUUUUUUUUAGCUUUAGUAUAAUCAAGUAUAAAUUCGUCUGCAUAAAACACACUUGGUUUAAGAGGGCAUGAGGCGCAACGAAACUUGCACGGGUAAUACUCAACGAGUCUGUCACUUUAUGAUAAAGUUAUCUAAUGAUACUAUCGGUAAACUGCUAAUUCAAGUUUCCUCAUCCUAGCUGAAACAUGCUAGCUAUCAGAUAGAUGCACCUGCUAUCUCCUUCCGACAUAAUUGAGAACUUGUGGGUGUUCAGGAUGAAAGGAUUUACUUUGUGCCUUGUCAGUGUAGAAACUGAUUAAAUGUUGUCGGUGACAGAAUGUGGUCAAAAGAGUUUAAAAAAAUGAGUACAAUGAGAACUCAGGGUAUGUUUAAGGGCACCCAUGCCCGGGUAGGGGGAGCUAGCAACACCAGAGAAUCUAUCAAUCU